UAAACCAUAAAUUCGGGCCAUUCCGCGAGACUUUCCCUACACCUACACGGAAUCGAAUGGGAGCGAGGCAUAAUAGGGAACGUAAAUCUCUAGAAAUUGUAAGUCCAUACAAGGCAACCUGCAAAAUAUCCGACCCAAAUCGAACAAGAGGGUAAAAGUUUACGCGAUCUACCAUGUAUUCCAGUCUCACAUGAGCUGAGAACCAAGGUUUAAGGAUAUGGCGACCAACGUUAGAGAAGCCCGAAGGAGAAAGAUCAUGGAGCGAGGAGCCGACCGUUUAGCCCUCAUAUCGGGUCGGAUCCAAACACUCCCUCCUUCUCUUGACGAGAAUACAACAAACGCAGCCUCAGACCCAUCAUCCCAGCCUUUGCUUUCCAAUGAUCAGGAUCUCCAACCUCAGGUCUCCAAUCAAACCACUGUUUCUCCUCAAGGAGAGGAUGAAGCACCUGGUUCUUUGUUGCUGGAACGUGAUGCCAUCUCUAAUGCCAGUCAGACUAAUGCUUAUGACGGUGGAAGCGAUCUGCCACCUUCCUUAAACGAAUCUGAGACGUGCAUUGAAGCCUUAAGAACCCUUGCUGCCCCUGCUGCAGAAGUCAAUGGCAAAGUGCAGCCAACUCUGGUCCCAUCAAUCGAUCAAAAUUCAUCUGCUUCUACUUUGGCCUCAGAACAACAUCUACAGCAACAAAUACAGCGACAUAGAUUUUUCACUCCAAAGCAAAUAACUUCUGCCAUUGCAGCAUCAGAGAAUGUCCGCCUUUUGUCUUCUGUAACUGUAGCCCUUAUAGUUGUAUUAUCAUAUCUAGGAUUUCCGUUGCUAGGUACCUACAUCAUAAAGAGCAUAAAAAGCUUUAGGCCGCUCUAUCUGCUUUUGCUAACCAAUGUGACGGUUGUGCUUGCACAACUUCUUUUUGGCAAACAAAGAGGUUUUCAAAGGCUUGCCAUAGAUGAAAAUGAAACUAGUCAACUAAAUGGAUAUGGUUGGGCUGAACAAGUAAGCCGGACUUUGGAGACAGGUCUGGUGAUGCAGAAGGCAUUUGAUGCAGUGUUCAUGGAUUGCAGUGUCUAUGCAGUAACUGUAAUAUGUGGCCUCUCCCUCGCACAUUUGUUCAGCUAAUCAGCUGGUAUAUUUUUGUUUGUUUACUUUCGUUUCGACCAGUUCAUAUCUUGUAUGAAUUCAUCGUGGAUGAAAUUGGCCAACCUUUCCUAGAACAAUUUAUCCUUUGUGCACAACUUUCAUUCUGUUUACUUGCCAUUGCGAUUCUUUUUGUGUAUGAAUGCAUCUUUAAAGAGUGAAGAUA